AUGAAGCGAAUAAGUCAGCCAUCGGUUUUAAACUUUUUCGAGAAGAAAAAAAAAUCCGAAAGUAGAACCACCCUGCAAAUUAAUCAACCCUCAUCUCUUUUUGUGUCUGACCCAACUGAUCCUGAAGCUUCAAGUCCUUCUGAAAAAGUUUCUUCCGUUGAAGGAGAACAAGAGCUAUUAUUUGAAAAUGAUGUAGGAAUCUAUUUAGGAAAUCCACCGACAGAUAACGAAAAAAAGUUUAAAGUUUUUCAAAACCCGUGGAUGCCACCUUUAUCAUAUAAAUUUCCUGUGAGUGAUAAACGACGUCUUUCUUUCCAACGCCACUGGAUGGAACAAUAUUCUUGGCUCGUAUUUUCAGAUGUUGCCAAAGGUGCUCUUUGCAAAGUGUGCGUUUUAUUUGGUCGUAAUCAUGGUGGUCGUGGUGGACAAGAACUACGGUCUUUAGUUGCCAUCCCAUUUAUAAAUUGGAAAAAAGCUAAACAAAUAUUUGACAGUCAUACUUUAAGGGGUAAAAAUGAAACUGGCAAAAUAGGUUUAACAGAACCCCCCUAUAAUGAUGGCAACUUUCGUGCAAUUUUGCGAUUUCGUGCAAGAUCGGGUGAUCAUUUCCUAAAGGAACAUAUUUUAUCCCAAACAUCCGACAGUCGAUCAAUGUUCACGUCACCAACUAUACAGAACGAAAUUAUUGAUCUAUGUGGCAAUUUUAUUCAAGAAAAUGUUGUCAAUAGAAUAAAAUAUGCUGGAUUUUUUACCAUUCUUGCUGAUGAAACGCAAGACAUAUCAAGGUACGAACAAUUAGCUUUGUGCAUUCGGUACGUAGACGAUUCUUCUGCAGAUAAUGUAUUUAUCAGAGAAGAUUUCUUAGAGUUUGUGCAUGUAAAAGAUGUGACAGCUUCAGCGUUGGCCACCACCAUCAUGCAAUGUAUAAUGACUCUUGGAUUAGAUAUGGAGAUGUUAGUUGGCCAAGGAUAUGAUGGCGCUGCUGUGAUGAGUGGUCAAUUUCGAGGAGUGCGCACAAUAAUCUCAGAGAAAUACCCAAAAGCUCAGUUCAAUUAUGUUAAGUUUUUAAGUUAUAGAAAUAAACCUCAUAAAAUAUAA